AUGGCACACCUCCUCAACGCCUUAGCUUACGCAAUCAAUUUCAAUUACACGCUAGUGAGGCCUCCUGACGGUGCCUGGGGCGCUCCUGACAGUAAUGGUGUGUGGAACGGCAUGAUAGGCAUGGUCAAACGCAAUGAAGUCGACAUCGCUCUGGGUCCGUUCGGCCUCACGGGGUCGCGAGCUGCUGUGGUCGAUUUCUCGCAGCCUAUUUUAAUCGACUACAACAGGAUCCUGGUGAAGCGAGGCUCCGCCAAGCCUGACCCCUGGAGCUUCUUCAACCCACUGCGACCUAUGGUGUGGCUUGGGUUGCUGCUGUCAUUUCUGCUUGUUUGUGUGGUGAUCGGCAUCCUUGUCUUCCUAGGCUGGGAGAGGAAAGGCUGGAGCAACUCCAGUAAGAUGGCUCUUACUCUCGUCUACUCUUGGGAACAGUUUGCCAACUUGUGCCAGCAACCAUCUACACACGAUCCUAGUGACAUUUCACUGAGGGUGUUGGUGUGUGUGUGGAUGAUGGUGGUGCUGGUGAUCUUAAGGAGUUACUCCAGUGCCCUCACCUCUCUCCUCGCCGUCAGGCAGAUACCUGUCAAGAUCGACAGCCUCAGGAACCUCGUCGAUGCCAAGAAAUUUGGCCUUAUCUUUGAGACGUCUACGGCCAUGUCCGCCUAUAUGAAAGAUGCUAAAUCGGGCAUCUUCGCCGAGAUGGAGUUGGCAAACAAACGUGGACGGUCUCAGUUUCUGCGAGCGAGCCUACUCUUCAAUGCUGCCUUUACUCUGGUCAGGUCCCGUGAUUACGCCCUCCUUGUUGAAGAAACUACCAUUAAAAAAAUAAUGUCUGAUGAUUUUUCAGUCAAAGGAAGAUGUGACUUCUACAUGGCUAAAGAGGCAUACUUCCCACUUAUUUUCUGCAUCAUCGCUCAUAGAGGAUUGCCUGUUAUGCCGGCCAUAAAUUACUGGAUCCAGGCCCUGGUUGAGCACAACCUAUACAGUGAGUGGAUUGGUAACGAACUUAAAAACGUGACGUCUUGUUUAAAGGCUCCCUCUACCAUCACAGUGAACGAACCUUAUAAUAUACAUGGUCUGUGGGGUGUGUUCACUGUGCUGUGUGCUGGACUGUGCUUGUCAAGCUUGGUCUUCCUGUGUGAGCUCAUGGUCCACGCUCGUCACCGCCGUAAACACUCACAACCCACAGAAUGAAGGGCACAGUACGUGCGUGGCUACAACAA